AUGACGGCAAUGACGCCGUCGUUAGCGCAGAUGCGGGCGCUUUUUGAGAAACAGGAGCGGCUCAGCAUGGAGAGUGCACUGCAAAUUAUCCAUGCAUCCCAUGACGUGAUGGACAGGGAGCCCAACGUGCUCUACUUGGACGCACCUGUUGUCGUGUUUGGAGACAUCCACGGCCAGUUCUUUGACCUGAUGAAGCUCCUUGACAAGUGCGACUUCUUCCAGCCGUCCUUCGGCGACUCUGGCAAUACUCUGUUGUUCUUGGGCGACUACGUCGACCGCGGCGCGUUCUCGUGCGAAGUCAUGCUCUUUCUUCUCUGCAUGAAGACGCACUACCCGUCGCGUGUGUACUUGCUUCGUGGCAACCACGAAUGCGAAGCCAUCUCGUCGUUCUACGGGUUUCGCAUGGAAUGCAAGGCAAAGUACGGUCUGUCUGUGUACUACCAUUUCACUCAAUGUUUCCACGCGCUGCCGUUGGCAGCAGUCGUGACGGCGUCGUCGGAUGGCCACCGAGUGUUUUGUGUCCAUGCGGGUCUGUCGCCGUCGCUGAAAACUCUCGCCGACAUCGACGCGAUCGAACGACGGCAGGAGCCCACAACUAGCGGUCCACUCUGCGAUCUAUUGUGGAGCGACCCUGUCCCCGAGUAUGAGGACUCGACCAGCGACACGGACAGCACCGUCAACGAUCUGGGAGAUGCACACGAAGCAACGAACGACGACGACAUGGUCGCGGUAGCUCGCUCCACACCACCCGCUCCAUCUGAACAAUCCAACGUCAUGUUGGGCGCGCCGCCAGAAACGACACCGCUGCUCGAACAUCGUGAGUCCAUCACACCGACGACGGUGAAAUGGAUGCCCAAUGCGGUACGAGGGUGCUCUUUCUAUUACAGCUGCACGGCUGUGUACGACUUUCUCACGGCCAACGACUUGAUGUGCAUGGUCCGCGCGCACGAGCUCCAAGACGAAGGGUACUUGUUUCACUUCUCGUCGCCCGCACAGGGACUUUCCCCCUGUCAUCACCAUUUUCUCGGCGGCCAACUACUGUGA